AUGAAGGAGGCGGCCAGGCUGACGGGAUUGUUCCUCCUCAUGUGUUGUGUGGCGUCUCCUGCGCAGGCGCUCACGCAAUGCCUCAGGCUACCAGAGGUAACACCGAAGAGGUUUGUCAACUUCCAAGGUCAAACGAUAGAACUGACCCUCGGUGCCUCCGACAGAGUUGUUCAUCGCCUAGUCACUCAUGUCUUCCAGAUCUUCCUCAGCGAAGUCCUUGGAUACCCGGGUGUUCAGAUCGUUAGGACCAAAGAAUCAGAUGUUACUGACAUUUUUGAAAAUCUUUCAGAAAAUUUUGAUUCUGUACCACAAAAUCUUCCCAAUAAAUACAUGGUUAAUCUGGAAGUUUGGUUACCACCGGAUCUGAAUACCAUUCAUCUUUUGGAAACAAAAUCUGUCAAAGAAUGUGGAAAUAUUGCGCCUCCUGGAAGAUAUAGCUGGUUUAUACCAAAGAAUUUGUCCAAACCAGAAUAUGAAGAUUGGAGAAUUUUUAAGCAACCAGAAAAAGCUAAGCUGUUUUCUUUGACAGAAAAUGAGAGGAUUGGCUUAAAAAAGUAUACUUUGUCACCAGAUAAUAAAACCAACGAGAAAUACUACUGCUCUGAAAAGUACUGUAAAAAUGGAUUUUAUACUCCAGAUAAGUGUAGAGGAAGAUCCUGUGCAGUUCUUAUUACUACUUUUACAGGUGAUACUGGCUUUGUUGUCAAAGAUAUUGAAAAGUUUAAUUUAUUGGUUGAGGUGGUUUGGGUAGGGCCUCAUUUGAGAACUGUAAUAAGUAAUCUCAAAUCACGCUCUAGAGUAGAUGGAACAUCAUUAGUGUUUCUUACCCACACACCUUCUGUGCUGACUUUAGGCAGUGAACAUGCUUCAGUGAGUUUUCCUCCUUGUGAUGAAUAUUCGAACAAUGUCAGCUGUCAUUAUUCUAGUGUCCGUCUUGUUAAACUUGCUUGGUCUCACUUGGUAACUGCUGCAAGACCAGCAUAUGAGGCCCUUCAAAAAAUGGAGUUAACUACUGAUGAUUACAAAGAUCUUGUUGAAGAUUAUUUAAACACUGCAGAUAUGGCUCAAGUUGCUUGCAAUUGGAUGAAAAGGCAUAAUGAUACUUUUGAUAGUUGGAGGCAAUGGAUGCCAAGUGAUGAUGAACGGAAUGAAUUGUAUAUUGGUGGAAUUUUUCCUUUGACGACUAAUGAGACAAAUAGUUACACUGCUAGAGGAAUUGUUGUUAGUGCACUUAUGGCCAUUGAAGCAAUUAACAGCAAUACUCAAAUCCUAAGAGAUUACAAGCUGAAAUUGUUGCUAGAUGAUGGGCAAUGCCAGUCUGACGUCGUUAUGAAAACAUUCAUUGAUUAUAUACUUAUGAACAGAUAUGACAGAUUAGUUGGAAUUCUCGGUCCAGCUUGUUCAGAUACUGUAGAACCACUUGCUGGAGUAUCAAAACAUUUUAGAACAGUCGUCAUCAGUUACAGUGCCGAAGGAAGUAUUUUUUCAAGGGAUAAGUAUCCAUACUUUUUCCGAACAAUUGGUGAAAACAAAAAUUACAAGUAUGUUUACCUGAAACUGUUAAAACAAUUAGAGUGGCAGAGAGUAGCAUCCCUUACAGAAGAUGGGACAAAAUAUACGGAAUACAUCUCGCACACUCAAGACUUGCUUCAAAGAAAUGGAAUUUCUUUUGUUGCUAAUAGGAAAUUUCCUCAUGAUUGGGAAAACGAUGCCAUGAAACAGUAUUUGGAGGAAUUGAAACUUAAGAAUGCUCGUAUUAUUAUCGCCGAUGUAAAAGAUGAUGCUGCUAGGUCUGUAAUGUGUGAAGCAUAUCAUAGGAAAAUGACUGCUUAUGAAGGUUGGGUUUGGUUUUUACCACAUUGGCUUUCUCCAAAAUGGUAUGAAAUUCCAUCAAAUGGAAAUAAAACCAUUAAAUGUACUACACAAGAAAUGAAAAGGGCCAUAAACGGUUACUUUGCUCUUACUCACCAAUAUUAUGCUGCUGAUAAUGAAAAAAUGCAAGAAAAUUUAACUGUCGGGGAAUGGAGAGCCAAGUAUAGAAAGCGGCAAAAUAAUGGAUCUGAAGAAUCAAAUUACGGUGGAUAUGCUUAUGAUGCUGUUUGGGCUUAUGCAUAUGCACUUGAUAAACUUAUUAAAUACAAUGAAUCUUAUGCAUCAUCUUUACAUAUAGAAAAUACUACUAAAAAAUUUGUUGAAUUAAUACAGAAAACAAAUUUCACGGGGGUGUCUGGCCAUAUUAUGUUUUCUUCAGGACCAUCAAGGAUAUCCAAUGUGAAUGUUCUGCAGUGGAUUGAUGAAGACCUACACAUUAUUGGCAGUUUUUAUCCUAAUACAAAUGACAAAAAUAAUAGUGAAUAUGCUUUAGGAAGCUUAAAACUAAACGUAAGCCAGAUAAUUUGGCUUAAUAAAGAUGGUACUUUGCCUUGGGAUGGAACUGUGGAAGCAGAUAGAUGCCUCCUUGAGGGGUUCGCUAAUUUAAUUCAGUCUACCUGCCAGACGGCAAUAGUUGUUGCUAACAUCAUUGGAAUUUUUUUCCUUCUUCUUAUUGUUGUCAUCAGCUUCUUGAUUGUGAGACAUAAGUAUGAGAAAAAAGUUAAAAUUACUCAAAAGUAUAUGAAAUCAUGGGGUAUUGAUCUAUUAUCAGCCAGUACUAUAAACAGUUUAGACAAGUGGGAAAUCUCACGAGAUAAAAUUGUAAUAAACAGAAAACUUGGAGAAGGUGCAUUUGGUUUUGUUUAUGGUGGGGAAGCACAUUUGAAUGAGAAAGGAUGGGUUGCUGUGGCUGUAAAGACAUUAAAAGUAGGCUCUUCAACUGAAGAAAAACUCGAUUUCCUUGCUGAAGCUGAGGUAAUGAAGAGAUUUGAGCAUAAAAACAUUGUUCAGCUUUUAGGUGUGUGCACCAAAAAUGAACCAGUUUACACUAUAAUGGAAUUUAUGCUUUAUGGUGACCUGAAGACAUUUUUACUAGCUAGGCGACAUUUAGUAAAUGAAAAAUAUCCUGACGAAACAGAUGAAAUAUCUUGUAAGAAGUUAACAAACAUGGCAUUAGAUGUAGCCAGAGCUCUAUCCUAUUUGGCUGAACUAAAAUAUGUUCAUAGGGAUGUGGCAUCCAGAAAUUGUUUGGUAAAUGUGAAUAAAGUGGUUAAACUUGGUGAUUUCGGAAUGACACGUCCAAUGUGUGAAAGUGAUUAUUACAGAUUUAACCGUAAAGGAAUGUUACCAGUAAGGUGGAUGGCACCAGAAUCUUUAGUUCUGGGUGUUUUUACUCCGGCUUCAGAUGUUUGGUCAUACGGUGUACUUCUGUAUGAAAUCAUUACAUUUGGAAGUUUUCCAUUUCAAGGGUUAUCUAACAACCAAGUAUUGGAAUUCGUCAAAGCAGGAAACACUCUGUCGAUACCAGAAGGAAUCAAGCCUCAGUUAGAGUGCCUGAUCAAGUCUUGUUGGCAUAAAGAGUAUAAAAAACGACCUCCAGCUUCUGAAAUAGUUGAAUUCCUUGCCAAUAAUCCUCGUCUUCUAUCUCCAUGCCUCGAUGUUCCCCUGUCCUCGGUACAGAUGGAAGACACAGGUGAAAUUUCUAUUACUGGAAGCAGGGGGCAGAGAUUUUCAAUGGGUCUAAGGCAAAGAUCUUCAUCACAUGAGAUUGCCGAACCUCUUUUACCGUCACCUGGCAGGUAUAGACCAACUAGAGGAAGUUCAUUAGGAGAGGAACCUCAAGAUUCACUUCUUUAG